AUGGACGGGUUUGACGGGGCCCCGGCUGGGGCAUCUUGCACUUUACAUCAAUCUUCAUAUCCGGCUGCCUUUGCUCGUCGCACGCCGUCGGCCAGUCGAAGCACCCUUGAGCGCACGUCGGACGUCCCGAUCGGCCAUUUUACUGCUGAUUCUGCCGCCGUGACGCGUUCGCCGCCGCCUCGGGUCGCGCAGCAAUCAUUGUCGGCCGUCUCGCCAGUCUCGUCGAGCCAAAUUUCCAAGGGGGUCAUUCGACAACUGCCUGUGUGUGGUGGUGGUGGUUGGUUCGCAAGUCUCCAAUCUGCAAAUCAGAAAUCCGCCAACCCCCCGACGACAACCAAGUAUUAUAUAUCUAUUCCGAAGCUCGCCGCCGCCGCCCCCAGUGCACCCGGAUGCGAUCGUAGGGCAUCCAGGUAUUCCAGAUACGACCCGGAACGCCGGUCAAGAUCGCCGAGAGACAGAUCUCCCGACCGCUUUGACAGAGCCUCUCAAUACGGCGAUGGAGACCGUCGUCGCUCGUCCGCGGAGGCUCGGUCUAACUCGUCGGGAUUCCCGCCAAAUCGCGAUGGCUUUGGCGAUUCUCUGCGGAGGGAACCUCCACGAGGCCCCAAAGCCCUCGUCGAUGCCCCCAGCGGCCCCAGGGGAAGUGCGUUUGGCGGUGACUUUCGUGCUCGAGGUCGAGGACGAGGCAGAGCCUGGCCCUCUAGAGACGAAAGCAGAGAUCGUGGGAGGGAUCGCGAGAUAGACUAUAGGGAACGCUAUCGGGAGGACCGCAGUCGCGACCGUGAACGUGAACGGGAGCGUGAACGAGAGCGUGGUCGUGAUCGGGACCGAGACCGAGACCGAGACAGAGAUUGGAGAGAAUCGCGAGAGUUCCGGUCUCGCCGCUCACCUCCUGGACGGGGUCGAACGCCGCCACGAGAUUUCCGCGACAGAGACAGAGAUGGCCCCCCACCACCCGAUGCUGAUAGAUCUCGUCGUGGAUCUCGAGACGGGGGUCCUCCUUCGGCUGGCUCGUCAAGUUCUGAUCCACCCUUCGGAAUGCUGCCCUUUGGGCGUGGCGGGGGAUUUAUGCGUGGCGGGCGAGGAAGAGGAAGAGCUGACUGGUGUUCCGAGCGCGGACGAGGACGAACACCUUACGAAGAUCGCGGCGAUCGCUAUCCCCGAAGUCGAUCUCAGGAGGCUCGAUGGGGUCGGGAUCGGGAUCGGGAUGACCGUGACCGCGGCGAUAGGUACCCACCAGAGACGGACCUCAUCUGGCGCGACCCCCGAGAUGAGCCCCGUGAUCGCAACGACCGCGAUCUGAUACGCCCCAAGAAAGAAGGGCGCCCCUCAAUAUCCCAAGAACCGUCUGCCCAGGUUCGUGAUGUUUCCCCCCCUCCCGUUGCACCCUCGGCCCCUGCAUUUGGAUCCGUGCCCAGUCGCACUGGCAGUGACGGUGUACCGACGACAACAAGUGGUACUGGCAAACUUCCUCCUUCUGCCCCGAGAGCUCUCACUGACCGACCCGGAUCUGCUGGGAACUCUGCGCCAAUGGACUCCUCGGCCUCCGUCAGCGGUCCGAUAAGAGUGACAAGGGCGGGAAGCCACGACAGCCCCUCGAUCCCUGUGGGACCUCGAGCACAUCAGCAACGGCCUUCGAGCAAACAGUGGAUCAAUCCUGAUCUCAAGAAAUCCCCGCUGUCGCCCAAGAUGAUGAGAGCUCAGGCUUUGGCACAGCCGGGUCCAAUUUCACGGCUGGAUACCAGGGAAAGCGAUCAUCAUCCUUUUGAUCAAUGGAGACCUUGCAGCAGUGACGCAGACUCUGACCCUCGCGGAUCCAAUGUCGACAACAGGGCAAGAUCAAAUCAAAGUGCCGAGCCUGGCGAGAUCACGGUCAAGUCCGAAUCGGAAAGAGGUUUCGUGACACUAGAGUCCAAGGCGCCUGAAACUGGCAGGUCUCUCAAGGACAAGCGUCCCAGCGCAAUUGGCAAUGCCGCCAUCAAGUCAGCACAAGCACAAGUAACCAAACGAGCGCGGAGACGCCCCGCUAUUGGUGUUGUACGAUUUUCCCUGCCUCCCGGGCCUACGCUCAAAGACCAGGAUUCGGAAUCGGACGACGAUGAGGACAUGGCUGAUUACUUCAACAUGGAAAUCGAAAAGACGGAAGCAGAACUCGCCAAAUUGCCAAAGACGAGCUUACCUACCGAAGUCGUUGCGCGAUACGCCGCUCUGUCGCAUGGAUCGAUGGCGCGGAUAUUGAACGAAAGCGAAGGUUUGGCAGAUAUCCUAGGACCCAUUUCCGAGACUCUGGAUGUUGAAUUGGCCGAUAGUCAAAAUGCUACAUCGGUGCCAGUAAAGGACGUUGAUGUUACGGCAGCACCUGUCGAGCCCCCCGUUCCAGAAACAGCCAAGGUGGAAGUUGAAGAAGUCGGCAAGCUGGACGUCGUUGACACGGUUCCUGAAUCUACCACGAAGCAAGAGGAGAUGGACCUCGACGUUCCUCGGGCUCCCUCCGUGCCGGCGAGCGAUGUUCCAUCAAAGGACGCAGGUGCCAGCAAACCGUCCUCGCGUCCUGGGUCGAGGUCCGGCGGCUCUACCUCUGGCACCUCGAUGCUUCUUGCGCGCGGAGGUGCAAAACAGGCGUCGCAACCUCCCGAAUCGGUCCCAGAGGCGACCGACGUUGGCUCAAAACCGCCCAGCACUCCUUCACAAAUACCUGACGAUGACGACGAAACCGAGUCCGAGGACGAGGCGUACUUGGACGUGGAGACGGUGCGUCGGUUCAUGACAACGCCGCCCAUUGACAGCCUGCCCGACUACAGCUGCGACUCCUGGAUGAGAGACAAGGACUUUUUGGCGACACUGGACAGUGAUCCCGUGGUGGAUGGGUAUGUUACGGAACACCUAGACAAGAUUCAUCUCCAGGAAUCUACACAGCAAGAGGAAGCGCGCAAAGUCUACGCUGAAAAUUACAUUCACUAUCUGGACUUUACCCUCUCGAGCGAUCCAGCCGCCAUCAAGAGCAGGGACAAGUUCUCUGUGGCGGUGCCCAUGGUUGAGCCGGCUGGGACGGUAACGCCUGAGCCUAAACCAGAAGGGCGAAGCUCGGGGAGGAGGUUUGCUUCGGAACGUGACUUGGAACGAGUGCUGCAAGCAUCCAUGCGAGAGGACGAGGAGCGAAAGGAGCGUGAGCUGAGGGCUCAAAAAGAAAAGUACCGCAGCGAAAAAGAAGCAGCGAUUCCGGACAUGUACUGGGAUGCCGAGCAGAGGGCAAAGGCUCAAUAUACGGAUCGGUCCGGCUACACACCACAGGACCGUCUGGUUUCAACAUGGCAGGUGCUACCACCGCUCAACAACUUUAGCGAGGAGGAGAACGAGUUGUUUGAGAAACGCUACCUCGAGAACCCCAAGCAAUGGGGCAAAAUUGCGGAGGUGAUUCCGCGUCGGGACUUUGGCACUUGCAUUCAGUAUUACUACCUGAUGAAGAAGGAUCUCAACUUGAAGGAGAAGCUCAAAAGGCAGCCUAAGCGGCGAAAGAAGGGCGGACGAGGCAAGCAAAGAUCGAGUGCGUUGGUGUCGGAGCUUGGAAACGGCGACGAAGCAACCGAGGAAAGCCAAGAGACCGGGGAGAACGGGGAGCGACGAAGACCGCGCCGUGCCGCGGCCCCAACAUGGGGAUUCGAGCAGCCGGCGACGGACAGCGAGAACGCGACGCCGACGGGAACGCCGGGCCGCCGCGGGGCUUCGGCAGCUGCUCGAGGAGAGCAGGGCGAGAAGGUGGACGGCCGGAGAGGUCGCAGGCGUGCCAAGGACAAGGACAAAGACAAGGAUAAAGAAAAGGACAAGGACAAGGAGAAGGAGAAGGACAGGGACAGGGACAAGGACAAGGAGGCCAAGGCAGCCAAAGCCAGCCAGUCCCUGUCCGCGACGCCUGGAGGUGGCUCUGGAAAAGGCAGGUCUCGGUCUGGCUCCCGAGUACCAACUGAUGUCCCAAGCACGACGAUGAUGGCUCUAGAGGCUGCCGGCGGCGGGCCAACAGCCGGAUAUGACCAGAAUGCAACUCCCGGGAUUCACGCGCCGUUUCCCGUGCAGCAGCAGCAACCGCCGCCGCCGCCGCCGCAGCAACAGCAGCAGCAGCAGCAACAGCAACAACAACAACAACCGCAGCAGCAUGCGAUUCCGGGCAUGGAACGAGCCAAGGCCGUAGCCUCAUCUUCCAUUGCAGACGUCAUGGCGGCCCCCUCGCUGCGGCCAGAACCACCGCCACCAUCCGGUCAGCCUGCAAUGACGACAUUCAACCUUGGGCAGGCGCAAACCGAACGCAAGGCUCCGGCUCAAGCGUCGAGCUACUGGAGUGUUUCAGAAUCCAACGACUUCCCACUCCUGUUACGGUCGUUUGGCUCCGACUGGACGGCAAUUGCGGCUCACAUGGGGUCCAAGACAGCAGUGAUGGUCAAGAAUUACUUUGUCCGCCAGAAGGACCAGGGCAAGACUGAAUGGGAUGCGAUUGUGCAAGAGGCUGAUGGGAAGCGGACCAGAGGCGAGAAGAGGCCUGAUCCACCGCUGCCCACAACGGGGGGACGAGGACGGAGAUAUGACAACUCGUCUGCAGUUGGCUCGACCAGGCCAUUGGCUGUGGCACCGGGCAUGGAAAUGCACAACGAGCCAGCCCAACAGAAGAUGGAGCCGACGGGCCAACCUCCUCGAUCCCAACCGUACUCUGGCUAUGGUGUGCCCAUUGCCCAAGCGCCGCCGCCGCCGCCGACGACGACGACGACGACGACGACGACGACGACGACGCAGCAGCAGCAGCAGCAGCAUCAUCAUCAUCAUCAGCAUCAUCAGCCUCAGCCUCAGCCUCAGCCUCAGCCUCAGCCACAACAGCAACAACAGCAGCAGCAGCAGCAGAAUACUCCGCGGCAGCAACCGCAACCGCAACCGCAGCCGCUACCGCAGCACCAACAGCCGUUGCUUGCUCAACCUGGGCCUGGACAGCAGCAGAAGCAGCAGCAGCAGAAGCAGCAGCAGCAGCAGCAGCAGCAGCAGCAGCAACCUGCUCCUCCCGCUCCUCCUCCGCCGCCGCCGCCGCCUCCUCCCCUCUCCAUCCAGCAAGCCGCAGCCGCCGCCGCCGCCGCCGCCGCCGCCGUCCCGCAACAAGCUUCCCAGGCCAUGUCGCCCGGACCUCGUCCAGCCCUGCGUGCUCCUGCCCAGCCUUUUGGCUUCCCCGAGCAUGCGCGAGAGCGCGAAGUGGUUGCACAAGCGCACCAGCGAGUCCCGUUGCCGCCCAAGGGUGGCGGUGGUGCCAGCCAAGUUCCUGAAAUCCGAGACCAGCGAACCCUGGCUGCGGCCCAGCCAAUACCCCCAGCAGCUCAUCCCGACUCCAUGCUCGAACGCCAACAGAGAGAGAGGGAGCGCGAGAAACGCGACCGUGACCGAGACCUUGCCGCCAGACAGGCCGAGCGGCAGUCGAUGCGAAUGAAUGUCGAGGCCGAGCUGGCCCAGCACCAGCACCAGCAGCACCAGCACCAGCACCAGCACCAACACCAGCAUCAGCAUCAGCCGCGCCAUUACGAACACCAACAGCCGCCCUACGGCCAUCGCCAUCACUCUAGCAUCGGCCAGGCACCGAGAGGCGAGCCGCUGUCCUUGUCACGGCCGCCUUCACAAGAGCCCUCUCGCUCUGUCGCCGGCCAGCCGUAUCCGCCGCCGCCGCCGCCACCUCCUCCUCAUGCCGUUCGUGGCAUGAUGGAUCACCCGUCCGUUGCGCAAUCUCCUCCCCUGGGUCCGUCGUCACGCCCAAUCUCUUCCCUACAGCAACGACGGCCCCCUGGCCAGGUCCAGGAACCCUACGGCCACGCGCCUCCCCCUCCUGGCCCUCCUCCUCCAGCGCCUACACCCCCGAAUGUCUCGAGACCGCCGACCGAACCUCGCAAGACGUCCAACAUCAUGUCUCUCCUGAAUGACGAUCCGCUCCCGGCCUCGAAACGCGUCAGCGAAAUGUCGAACCCACCCUCGGGUCCAUCGGGGACUCCUCCACCCUCAGCCAUGGGUCGACCACCGCCUCCGGGACCUGCGCCUCCGUCGCAAAUGCGCCGCGAGCAAGAAGCGCAGCACUCUCCGUACGGGCGAGCACCCGCCGCUGCUUCGGCCAUGCCGUCGCUCAAGCCCACCACGUACGGAGGAUCACCAGGCCAGCCUCCUCACAUGGGCGUGCCACGACCAUCCAUGGCCAUGGCCAACGAGCCGGUCCCUGCCGACAGAGACGCAUACUACAGGGGACAUGCUGCGUUCCAAACCGGACACCACAGCGGGAACAGCUCUCCUCAGACCUCACAUCGAUACCCGCCUGCCCAGACACAACAACCUCAAUACCCGCCCCCAGGCGGUUACCCAUCAUACGGACCCGGAGCACAGCCCUCCCACGCCGCCUCGCCGCCUCCCCCGCCGCAGCCGCAGCCGCAGCCGCAGCCGCAGCCGCAAUACGGCGGGCACGGCUCCAACCAGAGACCGCGGGAAGUCCAGCCCUCCGGCAGAGACAACGCCUGGCCACAACAACCGACGUCCUCCAACACCUGGCCGUCCCAGCCCUCCAAACCCGCCCAGGGUCCUCCGCCUCAACAGCAAUGGGUGCCUCCGCAUCCUUCAUCGACUCCGAAGCCGUCCACCCCCGCUCGGGCAUGGCCACCCGCCCCUCCUCCCCAGCACGUCGGCAUGAGGGAUGACCGAGGCGCCCCCGUGUACGCCUCCUCAAGCUCACAGCCUCCUCCCCAGCACUCGAUGCAGAGUCGAUACCCGCCGCCUGGAUCCCGCGGCCUCGAGCAGGUCCCCCCACCACAAGCCCAGGGAUACCCGCGCUACGCGUCAACGCCAGGCCCCGGGCCCAGAGACCCGAGGGAGCAGUCACGCAGCUACACGCCGGGAUAUGAUGCCCGCGGCCCACCGCCUGGUAGCGGCUUUCCCGCGCCUGAUCCGAGAGAGAUGCAGAUGCAGAUGCGCGAUGCCAGGGACGCCAGAGAUCCCAGGGACCCAAGAGACGGCAUGGGGAGGGGUAUGCGGCCGCACGAAUACGAGCGGCAUCCGGACCAGUAUCGGCGCUAA